CGACCGCUUCCUAGUUCAUGCUCGGGCCUGGGUUUUACUGUCAGUGCGAUUAAAAACCGCUGGGACGUAGUCUGCCAUUUACAGGUGAGUCACACAUUUAAACACUUCGCAUCGUUUCUGUAGUGUUGCCAAGCGGUUUCUGGAGCCAGAGCUUUCAGUUCACGUACCUUGAAUGUCAGGAAAAGAAAAUAAAAAUCAUCUGACGUUACUCAGAUUCAAAAGUAGCGUUUUUUAUUUUUUUGUUUCUGGCCAGUUUUCAGCAGCGUACGUUCCUAAGCAAGAAUAUCUUCGGUUGGCUUUAACCUGUCAGUUUUGACAAGCAGCCGUUGAAGAGAAAACAACGCUAAUAAUAACAGUGACCAUUUAUUGAGGGUGUGGGACAGACCUGUGCCUUGUUGUGUUUCAUCUUGGCAAAAUUUUGUAUUCUUUUUCUCAUCAUCUCACUGAUGAGGCAACGGGCUAGGAGUGGUUAAGAAGUCUGCCAGGACCGUGCAGCUGAGGGUGCAGGAGUCAGGGCUGACACUGGAGCCCACCCUUUCCACAGCACUGCUCUGCAGAGGCUUUGCACACCGGCCCCUGUUCACCUGUGGUGACUGGUAUGGCCUCAGCAAGACAUUAUCUUCUUGAGGAGGUCCUAUUUGCUCUCUGGCCGUGCUAUUUGUAAUUGCCAGUGGAAACAACCUGAGCAAGGCAGGGUACGUGGAGCUAUUCGUGUGUAUCUGGCACUCACGUCAUCCACUGUAUGGGGAAAGCUGGAAGUCACACACACUUGCCUGAGCCAGUUUUUUUGGUAUGAAGUCCCUCGAUGUCAGAUGGCGUGAAUUCAGAGUUAGGAACACAUUAUAAGGCAUAACUUUGCCCUGUCUCUUCCCUCCAGGAAAUGGCAGGGUACAGGUGGUCAAAAAUGCUGCUGUGAUAAGACUGGUAUUGUAAUUUUGUUUCAAAUCAGGAACUGGAAUGCAUGUUACUAAUAACAGCUUCCUUGUGCUGUGCUCCCAGCUCUCUGACCCUUCUUGCCCUCUUUUUGUCAGCGGUGAGGGAAUGAGACCCUGACGACUGAGUCACGCUAAGUAACGUUCACCUGAGACUGAGGACAGACAGAGAAUGCCAUCUUAUUAUCUACAGGGAGAUGCCGCCUCACCAGAGGCUGUUCUGGGCAGUGAGUUCUGUCUGUUGUCUGGCUGCAGGAGUUGCUGCACGUGAGCAGGAGCCAUCUUUAAGAGUUACCAGGACACGUCCCAGGCCCAGGGUCUCAUAUUGUGGAGGGCUCCAUCAUCCAGCUCUGAAGCGGGUAUCAUGAUAUUACUUGGUUUGAUUUCAAGCCACUUAUGAGACUUUAGAUCUCCCCAGAAUGGAAGGCCUAGUGUGGUUCUUCCCAGAAGCUCUUGACUCCUGCUGAUGGCCGAAACUGAACCUGCCAGCAGCUCACUUGCAGCCCCUGAGACUCAGCCCAGCCUGUGCUGUUCUGACCAUGGACAGGAUGCCAGCCGGACCCAGCAGUGGCACCCCAGCCGACCCGGAGGCCCUCCCCCAGCCCCCAGGCUCACCGGUGCUGCCUGACCAGUGGGACGAAGCCCAGUGUGCCAGUAUCCAGGUACACAGAGCUUCAGACGGUGGAGGAGGCCUGGAUGUACCCAGCAAGGGCGACUCCUGUCAGAAUGGGCCGACGUCACCGUUCCCAGACCCUUCGUCAUCUCUUGGUCCCCCCACAAGCCCAGGGGGUCCCGAUGCCUCUCCAGGUGUGGCUGGUUUCCAUGACAACCUAAGGAAGUCUCAGGGGACUAGUGCUGAGGGCAGUGUUAGAAAAGAAGCUUUGCAGUCUCUCAGACUCAGUCUUCCUAUGCAAGAAACUCAACUGUGUUCGACAGAGGCUUCCUUGCCCUUGGAGAAGGAGGAGCAGGUCCGCCUUCAGGCACGGAAACGGCUGGAAGAACAGCUCAGACAGUACAGGGUGAAGCGCCAGCAGGAAAGAUCCAGUCAGCCUGCGACUAGAACGAGACUGUCAAGCACGCUUGACCCGGAACUCAUGCUGAACCCAGAAGCCCUGCCCCGGGCCAGUGCCGUGGCUCUGACAAAGGAGUAUUCCUUCUUGCGCACCAGUGUCCCUCGAGGCCCGAAGGUGGGCAGCUUAGGGCUCCUGACACAUCCUAAGGGGAAAAAAAGUUCCCAAUCAAGCAAAAUUCGGUCUCUGGCUGAUUACAAAACUGAAGACGCAGGGACUGGGAGUUCUGUUGGACACGUUCCGGCUGCAGGCUCCGCCAGGGGCUCUCUCAAGCAGCAGCACAGCGGUGUGGCGUCCGUGGUGUCUGAGGUCAGCCUGUGUCCUGAGGCUGAUGACCACCUGGAGAACGCGUCCCUGACCGCUGACAACAUGUCUGAGGCCGACGGGAAUGAGAGUGACAGCUCCUCCCACAGCAGCAUGUCUACCCGUGGGAUGAGCGGGCUUCUGGUGAACACCGUGGGCACUCGAGAAGCGUCCUAUGUGGUCAAUGGCCAAGAGAUUGCUGCUGGUGCGCUGGGCCAGUUCCCCUCCAUCACAGACGUCCUCCAGGCCGCAGCAGCCGAGCGCCAAGACCGGGGGCAGGAGGUCAAUGGGGAGACGCGGAGUCGGACAGACAGCAUCUGCAGCAGCGUGUCCCUGGAAAGCUCUGCUGCCGAGACCCACGACGCCAUGCUGCAGGCCCUUAAAGACAAGAUGAGGCUUGAAGGGCAGCUGGAGGCGCUGUCCGUGGAGGCCAGUCAGGCACUUAAAGAGAAGGCAGAGCUGCAGGCGCAGCUGGCUGCUCUGAGCACAAGGCUGCAGGCACAGGUGGAGCAGAGCCACAGCAGCCAGCAGAAGCAGGACUCGCUCAGCUCGGAGGUGGACACCUUGAAGCAGUCCUGCUGGGACCUGGAGCGAGCGAUGACUGACCUGCAGAACAUGCUGGAAGCCAAGAACGCCAGCCUGGCAUCGUCCAACAGCGACCUGCAGGUGGCGGAGGAGCAGUACCAGAGACUCAUGGCCAAAGUAGAAGAGAUGCAGGGCAGCAUCCUCAGUAGGGACAGCACAGUGCAUGACUUGCGACAACAGAUGACGGCCCUGCAGAACCAGCUCCAGCAGGUGCAGCUGGAGCGAGCCACCCUGAGCAGCAAGCUGAAGACGUCCCAGGCCGAGAUCUCAUCUCUGCAGCAUGUGCGCCAGUGGUACCAGCAGCAGCUCGCCCUGGCCCAGGAGGCCCGGGUCAGACUGCAGGGCGAGAUGGCCCACAUUCAGGUUGGACAGAUGACCCAGGCAGGCCUCCUGGAGCACCUAAAACUUGAGAAUGUGUCCCUGUCCCACCAGCUGACGGAAACCCAGCACAGAUCCAUCAAGGAGAAGGAGCGCAUUGCUGUCCAGCUCCAGGGCAUCGAGGCCGACAUGUUGGACCAGGAAGCUGCAUUUGUGCAGAUUCAAGAGGCAAAGACGAUGGUGGAGGAGGACCUGCAGCGGAGGCUGGAGGAGUUUGAAGAUGAGAAGGAGCAGCUGCAGAAGGUGGCGGCCUCGGCUGCGUCCCUGGAACAGCGGUUGGAGCAGGUGAAUUUGACUUUGCAACAGCGAGACCAGCAGCUGGAGGUGUUACAGCGGGAGCACCUCGACCUGCUGAGGCAGCUCACCUCAACGCAGGAGACGUUGCAGGCCCGGGAGCAGUCCCUUGGUGACCUGCAGAUGCGCUUCGACGAGCUGCAGGCCAGGCUGGAGGAGCUGCAGGGAGAGGCCGCCUCUAGGGACGACACCAUCCGCUUCCUGCAGAAUGAGAAGAUUGUCUUGGAGGUGGCUCUGCAGGCGGCCAGGAGUGUCAGGGAGGAACUGGACAGAGGAGCCAAGCGCUUGGAAGAGGGCACCGAGCAGACAUCGCAGGUCUUAGAGCAGUUGAGGCAAGAGUUAGCCGUGAAGUCCAGCCAGGUGGAACACCUGCAGCAAGAGGCCGCCACCCUGAAAAAGCAGACACAGAAAAUAAAGGAGCAGUUUCUUCAACAAAAGGUGAUGGUGGAGGCCUACCGGCGGGACGCCACCUCCAAAGACCAGCUCAUCAGUGAGCUGAAGGCCACGAAGAAGAGGCUUGACUCAGAGCUGAAGGAGCUGAGGCAAGAGUUAAUUAAACUUCAAGGGGAGAAGAAGUCUGUGGAGGUGGAACACGUGCGCUUGCAGAAGGAAGUGUCCCAUGUCCGUCAGCAGAUGGCCGACCUCGAAGGGCACCUCCAGUCGGUGCAGAGGGAGCGCAAUGAGAUGGAGACGCACUUGCAGUCUUUGCAGUUCGAUAAAGAGCAGAUGGUGGCUCUUACAGAGGCCAACGAGGUGCUCAAGAAGCAAAUUGAAGAGCUGCAGCAAGAAGCCACCAAGGCCAUCACAGAGCAGAAACAGAGGAUGAAGCGGCUGGGCUCAGACCUGAGCAGCGCUCAGAAGGAGAUGAAGACCAAGCACAAGGCCUAUGAGAACGCGGUGGGCAUCCUUAGCCGCCGCCUGCAGGAGGCCCUCGCCGCCAAGGAGUCGGCAGAGGCAGAGCUGAGCCAGAUGAGAGCCCAGGUGGCCGAUGGAGGCAGCGACCUCCCUCUGCAUGAGAGAAUCCAGGCUCUGGAGGCAGAGCUGCAGGCUGUUGGUCACAAGAAGAUGAUGCUGGAGAAGGAGCUCCAGGAGAUUAUUGCACUGACCAGUCAGGAGCUGGAGGAGCACCGGGAGAAGGUGCUGGAGCUGGAGGACGAGCUUCAAGAAUCCAGAGGCUUUAGGAGGAAGAUAAAGCGCCUUGAGGAGCUGAAUAAGAAGUUGGCCCUUGAGUUAGAGCAUGAACGAGGGAAGCUUACAGGCCUGGGGCAGUCCAAUGCGGCUCUGCGGGAACACAACAGCAUCUUAGAAACAGCUUUGGCCAAGAGGGAGGCUGAUCUGGUUCAGCUGAACCUCCAGGUGCAGGCAGUCUUGCAGCGGAAAGAGGAGGAGGACCGCCAGACGAAGCAGCUCAUCCACACCUUACAGGCUGCACUGGAGCGAGAAAAGGCCAAAGUGCACAGCCUCAAGGAACAGGUUGCUGCCGCCAAGGUGGAAGCAGGACAUAACCGCCGCCACUUCAAGGCCGCCACCUUGGAGCUGAGUGAGGUGAAGAAGGACCUGCAGGCCAAGGGGCAGCUGGUGCAGAAGCUGCAGGCUGAGGCCGAGGGUCUCCAGAUUCAAGAAGGGAAACAUUCCCAGGAAAUAGCACAGUUCCAGGUGGAGCUGGCAGAGGCGCGGACUCAGCUCCAGCUCCUGCAGAAGCAGCUGGAUGAGCAGCUGGACAAACAGCCCAUAGGAAACCAAGAGAUGGAAAAUCUCAAAUGGGAGGUGGAUCAGAAAGAAAGAGAAGUCCAGUCCUUGAAGCAGCAGCUGGACUUGACUGAACAGCAGAGUAAAAAGGAACUGGAUGGAAUACAGCAGUUACUGCAGAAUAUCAAAGCCGAGUUGGAGGUGGUGCGGGAAGAUCUGUCCCUGACCCAGAAAGAUAAAUUCAUGCUUCAAGCUAAAGUGUCAGAGCUGAAGAACAGCAUGAAGACUCUGCUCCAGCAAAACCAGCAGCUGAGGCUGGACCUGCGGCGCGGCGCGGCCAGGACGAGAAAGGAACUGAAAGGCGAGGCCAGCUCUUCUGGCCCCGUGACGCCAGUGAAGAUCCCCGACUGCCCUGUCCCGGCCUCCCUGCUGGAGGAGCUGCUGAAGCCCCCACCUGCCGUGAGCAAGGAACCCCUCAAGAACCUCAACAGUUGUCUCCAGCAGCUGAAGCAGGAGAUGGACAGCCUGCAGCGCCAGAUGGAGGCUCACACCGUUACCGUGCACGAGUCACUGUCCUCGUGGACUCAGGGGGACCCUGCCACCAGCGCUGCUCCCCCAGGAGAUCACGCCAACCCCAGGGGAGAUACAGAGCAACACAGUCAGUGCAGGGCCUCCAGAGAGGCGCUCGGAACAGCGACCGCUGAGCACCCCCACUCUGAGUGCUCGUAACUACCCAAAGGAAUAUUCUCUUAUCAAUAUUAUUUAUUUGACUGUUUGCUCUGUGUUUUUCUAAGAGAUGAAGUUUAAAUUUUGCAUCUGCCUUUUCAAGGAGUAAAAGAACUGAACAAGAGCCAAGGAUUAGAGAAAUAGUCGUUUGCAGAUCACAGCUAGCUUUUCCCAUGAAGUGACCAAAUGCUAACAACCUAGCUUAGGUCUCAGUGACAAGUUCCUGAAUGUGUCUGAAGGGUUACUUGCAGAAGGUCCCUGUCGAGUGACUUGUAUGUGCUGCUCUGUGAGGGUGGUGCCAGCAGUGGCCCCCGGUGGAAACACUGCAUGACUGGGUCCCGUUUCUCUCUUUCCUGAUUCAGUGAGAGCUUUACGUCCCUGCAGAAAUGAAACUUGAUUUGCACCUUUGGUUCUUAUUUUCAAUAGCUGUCUGACAAUAGGGUGUGUAUGUAAAUACUGAAAAUCAUAAGCUAAUCUUUAAAAAGUAUAUGUCCGUAUUAUUUAAGAAUGACCUGAAUUGUCUUUUUAUUGAUUGCCUUUUGAAAAUCUGCUGUCAGGAAGUAACGUACAUGUAGGAUUUAGGGAUUCAAUCAGAAAAUUCUAUUUUAAGAAAUAUAAUUAUUUUAUUUACUGUACCUUCUAAAACCAAAUAUUCUUGGAGCGAAAAGGUUUUUUGUUUCAGUUUCACUUUAUUUUUGAGAGCCUUCUCCUGAGUACACACCCCCACCCCCCCACACCCAUCUGACCCUUGUCCCUGCACGACCUCACUCACCUUGGCUGUCCCCUGGGCAGGCCUGGCAGCCACAAGGACCCCAUCACCAUGCGCUGGCCUGACAUGGGAGAUGGUUGGGGAGAGGUCCCAGGAGAGGAGGGGAGAGAGGACCAGGGCUCCCUGCAGGGCUCCGAGCCAGGCACAAGGCUUCUCCAGGCCUCUCCCCACCCCUGCGCCCACAUGAAAAUAUGUCUACUGGGGCCUGUGUGGUUGUCAGGGGACAUGCUGAAUGCGCCGUGGUGACAGCCUUCAGUAGGUCCUGUAACCUCUCAUCUGGAGGGAUUUCUAGAAGGGGCAGGUCAGCUUCAUGAGAAGGCGGUGGAGGCCUCCCGAGCUCUUGUGGAGGUGAGAGCGUGAUUUGGAAGCAGGCUCCCUGAGCGUGGGUGAUUUACUUGACUGUCUGCGACUGUGACCCAUGAGGGCUGUAACUUUGUCCGCUCUUGGCCAAGAAAUGUAAGCUGAUGGUUACCGUUGUGAAUUAGGGAAGAGAGGCCCCCGGUGCGGAUCUUCUGGUCUGAAGAUGAAGUUGGAAGUGUUACUGAUCAGGCCAGAUACGCUUGUGUCGACUUACUACUUAUGUCUCUUUUGUGGAGAAAACGGUUCGGUAUUUUUAAGCCGUUUGUGCUCUCUUGUGCUAUUAGAAGGUUUAUUGAUAAGGUAGCAUUAACCACAAAGAUGCUUAGUGUUUCAGAAAAACUCCCUAGCAAGUACCGCAACUUCUGAAAUAUGUCUAUCACUUGUACAGGGUUAAUCUUGAAAUAAUACUUGAAGACUUCAUCAUAAAUGUAUCCUAUUUUUCAUCUUAAGUUGGAAAUCAUUUUUGACAAAAUUGUUUUUGUACCAUUAGAAAAGAAAAAUCAUAAUUUACAUUCGUAUUUAUUUUGGGUGUUUUAUCCUCAGUUUUAAUUUUAAAACCAAGACAUGACACUCAGCCUCGUGCUGUGGCUCCUUCCUCACUGCUGCUUAUCGGAAGUCUCCCAGUGAAAGCCGCCACUGUGCAUUUUUUAUUAGGAAAGGGUAAUCGGAUUCUGAAUAAUCCUCUAGUGAAAGCAGAUUUCUGUUCCUCACCCCAUUUCCCUCAUGUCUUGCUUGCUUGCUGUGUGCGGGCGCUGGUGCACGUGUGAGGGUGCGUGUGCCUGUGUGGGAGUGUGCAGGGGUGUGUGUUGGUGUGCAAGCGUGUGGGUGUGCGAGGAUGCCUGUGUACGCGUGUGUGUGCGGGAGUGUGCAUGUGCCUGUGCGCGUGCAAGUGUGUGCGGGUGCCUGUGUACGCGUGUGUGUGCGGGAGUGUGCAUGUGCGGGUGCAGGUGCCUGUGCGCGUGCAAGUGUGUGCGGGUGCAUGUGCCUUGCGUGCUGGCGGGUGCGGGCCUGCAGCAGCAGCGCCCCCUGCUUUCCUGACGUCAUCCUGUGCCACCGUUGUCAUCACCCCAUCUUUCAGCUCUGUCAACACCCAGCCGCCUUUGGUCUGACUUCCCUGGCUGUCCCCAUGCACUUUGAUGUUUCCUGUGCUGGUCCUGACCUGGGGCCCUUUUUGUCAAGCUGACACCACCUUUAGGCUUCCUUAACAAGUCACCUGGAAGAGGCAGCUGGACUUUGAAAUCACCUGCUUCUGAUUUGUUGAGGUUUUUUGUUUUUGUUUUUUAGUCUCUAAGGGACUUGAUUGGCACUUCUAUCUCCCAGGCCCCAUUCUGCAGCGAAUAUCACUUGCAGUAUUCUGUUUGUGGGCAGAAGUGGGAAUUUGGAGUUUACUCUUGGAAAACCGCAGUCUGGAGUAUCUCUGAGAGCAGGCUUGCUGUUACGUUGGUUUGUAUUACUCAUCCUGUGUGAUACCAUACGUCACGUCCUCACGACAGGGAAUGUUGGUUUGGACGGUUCGUGAUGUUGUUUCUGGUUUUUCUUAUGCUCCAAAAAAAAGCCUAUUGCAGUGUGGUUAUCACUGAUUUUUCCAUGGAACACAUUGGAUAGAUGGCACGGAUCUUACAGAUUUACAUGGUUUUCUUCGGUUUGGAAGGUAUAACAGGCAAGGUUUUGAUAGGAUGUGAAACUGGCUUUUUCUCUGGCCUGGGGUCCAGGUCCUGGGGCAGACCUGCGAGGAAGAUUCUCACUGCACUCUCUCAGUCUAAAGACUUUUCUUGGUGUAGGGAUACUUACUGCAGAUGCCACGUCAUAUAUUCCUACUCCAAUGAGUAACUUUUUAAAUAGAAAUGAAAUGUCCUGGGUAAAGGUUUCUAGUAGGGAAAGGGACCAGCGUAUCUGAAAGACAAAUGUCCUGGAGCCUUCCUCGAGGACCCCCGUGACGUGUGAGACAUCCUGAGCCUUACUCAAACACGUUCAGGCGAAUCUGAUUGUGUGGUGGUCUCAGGUUAUAGGGUACUUGAGGGUAAUGUUGUGGAGGGUCUGGAAAACCGGAUGGCUUUAAGUUACUCAUUUCUGUUAAAAAUUUCCUCAUGAAAGGGAGUCCUCAGGUUGGGGCUGUUAGGGGAAAGGUGUCACCAUGCACAACGAAUUGUAACUUUAAAAAGCAUGUUGAUUUUUUAUAAAUUUAAGUGUGCUGGGGGAAUUCCUUAAAUUUUGUGCAAUAAACUAUUUUUUGUUAAAGAUUU